CCUGGCGAAUCGUGCGUGCGUGCGCGCUCGCUCGCCGUGUGUGUGUGUGUGAUCGUGAUAACGACGUUCGUCUACCAAGACGACGACGAUGUCGUGACUCGUGAGAUCAUUAGAUGACGACAUAAUGUGAAAAUACAUACGAAACUACGAAAACGGUGUGUAAAUAGAACUCGACGACGUGAUAGUGAUUGCAUUGUUCAAUUAUUGUUGUCAGUACUCAUUAGUCAUUACUCAUACUCAUCGCAGUGCCGAGCAGUUACGAGAUAAAGGAGAGAAGAAAUAAAAUCGCAAGAAAAAACCUUUGUACCUUCCAUCGCGCUUACCUUCGGACGGAUGUUCGUAGGCAUUAAUUGCGUAUUUCCCGUGUAAAAAUAAACGCGUCGUUUUCGGUCGACCAAAGAGGAAAAGCCUUUUUACCGUCUGCAUUUUAAACGCUAUCUGAGGCUCCUUGUACACAAUACCAUUUGAAGUUUGUGAUGUCGACAUCAUCACUAACGAUCGACCAUCGCGUCUGAUGCCGUUUUGUUCUGUUUUUUAAGACCCCAAUGAUCGAGCAUAACAAGUCUGGCCAAAAUAUAAAACCCAAGACGAGACGACUAGGUAAACAAAAGCUAUGCCGAUCCAAGCUCCGCAAUGGACCGAUUUUUUGGCGUGCCCCGUAUGCUGUAAUGGUUUCGACGUUAAGACCCGACAUCCUAUUAGUUUAGGAUGUGCCCAUACGGUGUGCAAAUCAUGCCUGUCAAAUCUACCUAAAAAACAAUGCCCAUUCGAUCAAAAUUUAAUUAACAUAGAAAUUGAUCAACUUCCAAUCAAUUAUGCUUUACUUCAAUUGGUGGGAGCAUCAAUACCAAACAAUGAAAACAUUCCAAAAUCUAUUUUAAAGAAUAUGUCUUCUGAUGAACGGCUUCUAUAUAAUAAAUCAAAGAAAUGUGUAGAACAUCUGGCAUUAUACCUUAAGUCAUUCGCAACUGGUGGUGGUCAAUCAACAAGUGCUGGACUAUCACGGCCUAUGCAACGUAAAUUAGUAACACUAGUGAACUGUCAGCUUUUAGAAAAUGAAGGCCGCAUGAGAGCCAUCAGAGCAGCUAGAUCUCUUGGCGAGCGUAGUAUGACAGAACUUAUACUUCAUCAUCAAAGUGCUCAACAAUUAUCUACAAAUUUAUGGGCUGCUGUUCGAGCUCGUGGUUGUCAGUUUUUGGGACCAGCAAUGCAAGAAGAAGUAUUAAAACUAGUUCUACUAGCUUUGGAGGAUGGUUCUGCUUUAUCAAGAAAAGUCUUAGUAAUGUUUGUGGUUCAACGAUUAGAACCACAUUUUCCUCAAGCAUCUAAAACUAGUAUUGGCCAUGUAGUUCAACUACUUUACAGAGCUUCAUGUUUCAAGGUUUCUAAGCGUGAUGGUGAUUCUUCAUUAAUGCAGUUAAAAGAAGAGUUCCGUACUUAUGAGAGUUUAAGACGUGAACAUGAUGCCCAAAUUGUAGAAAUUGCUACUGAAGCUGGACUGCGUAUAGCUCCUGACCAAUGGUCAGCACUUCUUUAUGGUGAUUCAGCACACAAAUCGCACAUGCAAAGUAUUAUGGAUAAGUUGCAAAGUCCUCAGUCGUUUUCACAAUCUGUUCAGGAACUUAUUAUAGCAUUACAGCGGACUGGUGAUCCAGCUAAAUUAUCAUCUUUAAGGUCAAAUUUUGAACUUUUGGCAGCAGUUGACCCUAAUCCUAGUUUGGAAUGGUGUACUUGGGAAAAAUUGCAUUCUGUUCUUGAAAGUGCUAAAAUAGUAGUAGCAGGGUUGACUGACUUUGUUAAGUCCCAUGGCAAUACUAAUAAAGGAUUGAAGAAUGAAUCUAUACAAAAUCAAACUAAUGUACCUAGGUAUAAAGUUAGUUUAUGUCGAGAUUUAAUGAUUCGAGGUACAUGCCCAAGAGGUGGUGGUUGUACAUUUGCUCAUUCAGAGGAAGAAUUAGAAAAAUAUAGAAAUAAAAAUCGGAAGAAUAGUCGAUUAGCACCAAUGGUUGUUGAUCACGAUUAUUUAACAAAUAAAUCUAAUUUUAUGCCAAAAGAACAAUUUGAUUUUAUUCAUAAUAAAAAACCAAUAAUGUUACCUGAAAAUACUCAAGAUUUGACAUCUAUUCCUGUAGAACAUUCGUAUAUUGUACCAACAGGACAAAAUUUUUAUCAGAAUGGUCAACAACAAAUAUAUCCUGUAGGACAAUAUGGUCAUGAAAUAUACGGUCCUGGACCACCGCAUCCACAUGGUAUGCUUAUAAACCCUAACAAUAAAAUGUACAUGGAUCAAAACAUUCCUGGUCAUUCUAGUAAAAUGAAAAAUUUAUCAUCAAGUUUAGUCUCCCUUCAGAAUCGCAAACAAGAACUUAUGGGUCAAAUAGACAGAGUAAUGACAGCAUGUUCUAUUACACCUGAUCAAGUGGAUUUUGAUCGUUAUUCAAUGUGGGAUAAUGGAUUAUUUCACACUAAAACUGGACUGCCUUCUCCAGUCAAUAUACAAACUGGACGUCCCAUGUUAAUCAGGUCUGAUUCAAUUUUGGCAGAUCCAGAUGAAUUUGUGCCAUUUGAGUUGGCAGUUAAUGGAAAGUAUGGCCCUAUUGGAGGUAAUGGUAAUAAUCCUGUAGCACCUCCUCCACCUCCACAAUCAUCGACAGUGGUUAAUAACAACCAAGCGGUUGGAGCAAAGAAUGGAAAGUCGUUGCGGCGACCAUGUACAUUAUCAAUACCUGCACCAGCUGCUGCUGCUGCACAGGCUCAAUUUUUUAGCUCUACAACAACCACAACGAUAACGACACCUCUUGGAACACUUCGCGGAGCACGUAACAGUCCAGUAGCUGCGUCUUGGUAUUUUAAUUCACCUCAAGGUUAUCCAGCCGCUGCUCAUAUUGUCGCGUCACCUGUUGGUGCAAUUGGACAAAGUUACAUUACUAUACAUAGUCCAGCUGGUAUAAUGGAACCACCAAAUUUUUUUGGUAGUCAUAAAGCUCCCAAAAGUUUAAUGGCAGAGUCACAAAAAAUGAAGAAUCAAUUAAAAAAUUUGGAAAAAAAAAUAAAUGACCUUAAACUUGCUACUCAUAAUGUAGCUGCUAAAGAAACUGAUAAAUUAUCUGAAGAACUGGCAAAAAUUGAAAGAGACAUUCAAACAAAAGAACAGCAAUUUUUGACUCAAUGGCAUUCUGAAACAGCCACAAUAACUACUUGGGGUGAUGGUAUCUGGUCAAGUACCACUUCUUCAGGGUUUACUGCUCAACAAGACGACGCUUAUAACAGUAAUGGUGUUAAACAAGCGGAAUUAAAAUGGGAUGGUGAUGACAACAAAUCAGAAAAAUCUGUGGUAGAAGAAGUUUAA